AUCUCACUAAUUUUCUUUCCAUAUAUAUUAACCUAAUUGUCCAUUAUAAAUAGGUCCCAAAAGAUCAACAAUAAACAUACAUCCGACUAACCCUUAUUCUCUCAUGUACGAAGCCGCAAACAAGACAUUGAUUUCACAACUAACAAAUUCCAUCCAACCCUUUUCACGUACAAAUAAUAUUUCUUUCACAUUUAACAAUUUUCCUGGUUACACAUUCUCCUCAAAUAUUUUACAAUACAAAUCCUCUCUUUUGUUUUCAUAUCAAUUUCAAUUCAGUAACAUCACAGUAUAGAUAAACACAAAGCAUUCAACUCAUCAUCAAACUCAAACCAACAUACAAACCAAAACCAAAUCCCAUGAUUUGUAAAGUCCAUAACCAAAUAAUAACAAUAUCUUCCCACCUCUAACCAAUUCCAUAAAAUAAAUUGUAAAUUAAAUUUGUUUAUACUAACAACAUCUCAUUAACAUUUGUAUAGAGUAUCUUUUUGCAGGGAGAAGAAAAAGCUGAAACUGAAGAGCACCUCCGUUCGCCGACGAAACCCGACGGAGACAACUCUAGAUCUGCUACCAACAACAGCAACCGCUGACUGCCGCCAUGAGAUCCGGAUCCGCCGUUCAACCCUCUGCACCGACGUGCUUCCACCCAGCCGUAGCCAUCCGCGACCAAUCUCGCACUCACAAACGCAGAAGCAACCAACGUGCGAAUCCGAGUCACAACACUGACGACUCAAUCGCUCCGGCCAGCCACGGUGGCGCGUCAACAACCUCCGCGACAUCCAUAGUCCCGGUAUUUUCCUAUCAUGUUUUUUCUUUGUGAUAGAGUGUUAAGAUUACUUGUGUGUUUGCUCUGUCGGUGGAUCUGAAAAAGGAAUGGGUAGUGGAAUGCUAAGUAUGAAUAUCUGUGUUACUUGUUUUAUUCAUAUUUUUUUUAGUGAAAUGUUAAGAGAUUAAAAAAAAAAUAGAAAGACGAGAACUUGUCUCACGGUCUUGGUUUGCUCUCUGUUAGUUGUAAUAUGUGUGUGUAUGUUUUCAAUUUUAUUUUACUUAUUACAUGCCACAUGUCGUAUUAUGAACGGUGGAGAUAAAUGGCUUUAAAAAAAAAAAAGAAAACUAAAAAAAAAUGAUGAAUUUGUUUUAACUAGUUUUGCUAGAAUGUGAAACAGGGACGUCGUCCCUUUUAUGUUGUUUUAUAUAUUUUAGUUUUUAGUUUUUUUUUUAAAUAUUUGUUUUUUUAUUUCUAUUUAAAAUUUUUCUUUUAGAUUUUAAAUAUUUUCUUUAGUUAAUCUUGACUAAUGUUUCUUUAUCAUUCCUUUAUGCAUCAUUUCCUAUAUCUGUACUAACUUUUGUUUGUUUUUGCGAGGUAUCAUUAUCUUGAUGGACAUUUAUAAUUUUCGUAUUUGGGUUUUGUAAUAAUUUUUAACCCCGUUUGGCAAAUAUGUACCCCCACCCCGAAGCCAUGUAAUAGCGUAGGAUUUUACAUUCCGCAUUUUAUUUUCGUUAAAUAUAUUAACUGCUAGAUGUAUGCUUAGGAUUGUAUGUUCAAGACUAAAAUCAACUGUAGAUCACUAAUUCAAAGAUAAUAUAUCUGAAUCUAACACACGCAUUUUACUGUUCACACACUCACCUCUAGGGUCACCCCUCUUGGUUGCCUUACGAAUAAAGGUCGUGUCCCUCGAAUAUAGAGGUAUCUAUAGCAAAAGUCCCGACGAUAAAAAAUCAUCGCAAAGAUCAUAAGUCCCUCGACGACCCUCGAUGUUGCCUACAAAUAUAUGAUCUAGUCCCUCGAUUGUUGCCUACGAAAAAAGAUGAUUUGUCCCUUCGAAAUUGCUAAAGGUACCUCUACUUGUUGCCUUCAACGACCAUCCGAUGACCCUUCGAUUGUCCUGAACACGUCCAAUAUAACAAGGAUUUCCUACUUCUAUAUAGUAUGGAUGAUCCUGGGAAUCGUAAAAAGCAUAGAAAAAGACCAAUAAUUAGGGUAGUUCUCUUAAACUGCCUAGCUCAAUAAAAAACAUCUUCCCAAUAUCGUUUCAAAAACUAAGGCUAUGCAUUUACGCUAAAGUCCUUAUGCCUCUUUCAAAACAAACAAACAAUAUGAGCUAAGCAAGUUAAGAGCCCGUAGAUAACUACGGAUGAAAAGGGUGCUUGCACCUUCCCUUUUCAUAACUUACCCCCCGAGCCCGUUUCUUUUCAAAAAGGUCUUUUUCUGUACUUUUUACCUUUCCUAACAUUGGACAAAAUAAAAGUCGGUGGCGACUCAUGCUCACCGCAACAUCUGUUGCUUUAAAAUAAUAAAGUCAGUUCACCGAGUUACAACAGGGCUUCGACCGACUGACGAAACCUUUGAUCCUAAUGUCUUGGAUGUUGAUACUAUCAACUUCAACGAAGCUACAGUCACUUAUACUGCUUUCAUCGAGCAAUAUCAUGAUCAGGCAAAUGCUGCAGUCUCUGACGUAGAACAUAUUGCUUUCCUGGCAUUAUGGCUUUCGAGGAGUGUUUUCUGCUCCAGGUCCAUACAAGUAGCGAAAAGAUAUCUUUGCAUGGCUAAUCAGUUACAUGAUGGUAAGAAACUGAACCUGAGCCAAUUGAUUCUAGGAUUUCUUUACGAAAACCUUGGUGAAGCUGUAGAUCUUGCAAAGACUUACACAACAGGAUCUCUCCUUUUUGCUGGUCCCUUCUGGUUAUUACAAUUGUGGCUUAAUGCCACCUUCGAAGCUCACCUCCCAUUCAGGGGCGUCGUCAACGAAGAAGUUCCAGAAAUCAAAAAUCGAGCUGUCGAAGGGACUAGAUUGGCCUUGUUAACCCCGAAAGAAGAAACUGGGAAACUUCGUGAACAUUUCUUAGCAUAUGUAAUGAUGUUUGCUAAACGUUACCAGUUCAGUUCUUCGAUGGCUCCAUUUGUACGAAGAGCUGUAGGUCCUGAAUGGUUUACUCGAGAAUUUCUUGCAACAUCUCUGGAUCACCAAGCUGAGUCUUUGGCUAUUUGGGAAGCUUUUCUUACCCCGAGGUUAUUCUAUCACCGCCUUCGACCUUCCAAAGGUCAAUGUAUCCUCGUUUGCUAUCAGCCAAAUCUUGUGUCGAGACAGUUUGGGUUGGUCCGAGUGAAGCCCAAGUGUCUGUAUGACAAAAGGAACCACAUGUGCUUUCGUACUUUAUAUCUAACUGAAGAUGAAUGUGAUACGAAGAUAGCCAGAUAUACUGAUGUUUUCACCCUUUCUCCUAUCUCUUUCGUUCCUGCUUUCUAUUCCACUCCAGAUUUUCAACAAUGGUGGUCAGAUUAUUAUACCACACAAAUCUAUGAUGUCAAAGGCCUUACUCGAGAACUAACUGAAGCUUUUACUGUUGUGCAGGAUAAAUUCCGCAAAGCUAUUGCUCGAAAGAGAAAGGUUAAAGCGACUGUUGCGCAGAAAGAUUCUGAGGCCUCGAAGAGCAAUAAGCCAAGUGGGAGCGAUUCUAUUACGACUGAUGCGAAACCCACGAGUUCGAAGCCUCCAAUGCCUUCGAAGCGAAAAGUUCUUCCAACUACUACUCCAGACGUUGCUUCGGAUGAGGAAGACAAGUCUCCUCCUCGUACCAGGCAAGGGCAUAAAAAGAGACAAAAGGUCACCACACCUGUGGGCAAAGGGAAAGGACCUGGGUCUUCGAAGAUCACUUCUUCGAGUGAUAAGGUGUCUUCUGAAGAAUCGCCUUUAAAAGCCACUAGUAAUGCUCUCGUGAUGGAAAGCCACAAUUCAAGUCCAGCCACUAAUACAGCUAAGGAUGAUAUUGGGACAGCUACUUCUGAUUUCAACUCCUUCAACGCUGCCAUUGUCCUUGAUGUCCCUCAACACACCUCUCAUAUACUUUCACCAGUCCUCGAAGACGCUCCUCCUCUUGCCACUAUCAAUACUGUAUCCUCUGUUGAAGGAAGCCAUUCGACUGAUGAUUCUCCUCCUACUCGCAAAGACGCAAACAUGGGUGAGGAGGACCAAUUCUCAGGCGAAGAUAAUGCAGCUGCACCUUCGACUGGGAGUGAGGCCACCGUAUCUGAUCAAGGUGUCGUGGAAGAAACCUCUAAGUUGAUCGAAACUGACCUCUGUGGAAAUUCAAAUUUCGAAACUGUAGUUAUUCCUGAAACUACUCCAAUGCCUGCCCCAGCCAUACCUACUCCUUCAGAAUUGGAGCAACUUAGGCAAACUGAUCCUCUCAACUUUCUUAAAACCGUGAUGAACAUUGAUAGUACUUCAGCUCUUGCGUCCGAAGCUUCUCCAACUGUUCAGACCAAGUCUGGAGACAAAGAGGACACCCCCGGCCUCCUUCAUCAAAUAAAGGAUAAUUUCUUUGAAACGAACCUCGUCGAAAUCUUAAGUAAGGACUCCAAAAGAUGUCAUGGCUUGAAGCAACUCUUGAAGAAAGUGGAUUUACUUCUGGUUUCGAAAGAGGUCUCAGAUGUGAUUGUACUUCUGGGCUCUUUAAUCGACCAGCUUCAGUUUAACAUUCUUGGACAGAACAAUGUUAAUGAGCAGCUUGCUGCAAAAAUGACUUCUCAUAGUUCUUCAUGGAAAGCUGCCACUGAGGCAACCAACAAGGGUGACGCUCUUAGGUUAGAACGUUUGAAGAACCAAGAAGAAUAUGAUAAGUGUGAGAAAAAUAUACAAUCUUGGAAGCAAGAGAUUAAGAAACUCGAAGAGAAGAUACAGGAAGCUGAAUCUCGCCAAGCAACCAUUCGACAAACCAACGAUCAAGAGAUAGCUGAAGUAGCGCGACUAGGUAUCCAACACUUCGAAGCUGCGCAGAAAUUGGUGCCAGAGAUCGAAGAGUUAAAGAAGCAACGAGCAUUGCUUGAGCUUCGUAUGUCUUCGUGGGAGGCUCAGUAUUCGAAGAUCAAAGAUAGCCUUCCUAGGGAUUUCAGUUAAUUUUCUUCAAACUUUGUAUUACUUUUUUGUGGCGUAAAUCCCUUUGUUUUGUAAUCGCUCAUUUUCAGAAUAUAUGUAUGCAAAACUCGUCUUUUUAUG